UCCGCACACCUCAUCAAAGAGUCAAUGUCAGCUGCUGUCGCUUUCAUUAACCUGAAAGCGCGUCGAAGGUGGCAUACAGUGAUUUCGAAUUGUUUGUGAUUAGGUCAUCAGCCGAAUCAUCUCUCGAGGGCCUGCAAAUUCAGCUAAAUGGCGAAGGUUAUGUGAUCGACGUGGCCCUCUCUGUUUAAAGAAAUUCGGAAAAUGGAGUUGCCCAGGGGACUCAUGCUUUUCAGCCUGGUGCUGAGCGUUGCCUCCGGCCCUGUCCCUGAGGCCGACGUAACCAUCCUUGCCAGGAUGGCCGAAGACAAACGAGUUUGCAGUUUUCCUCCCAGGGAAAUGCUUUUGGAUAAAAGCAAGAACGGCAUUCUCCGAUCCUGCAGAAUGGAUUUGGAAGAGGAUUUGAAAAACGCAAGCCAAACGCUGGAGUUUGCUGCCGACAACCCAACUUACCUGCUCUGCAUGGGAAUCUAUGAUCUCUCCAUUCACGUUUGCCAGUCCAAAAUUUCGUCAGAAGCCCUGCCCAACACCCCCGAGGCGUUCAAUAAACUCUUCACUGACGAUAUACGCGCUGAAAACUUCUGCACAGACAUCGCGAACAUUGAGCCAGUUGCUGCCUCGAGUAAUACAACUGCCAGAUGGGUCACGAUUUUGACUCAAAACCUGGCCACGGAGGCAGAAUGCACAAGAAUUUGCAAGCCAAAAAGCAACCACACCAAUCCUCUCUGUAAUAUCAUCGCCUGGGGAAGGAAUAUCUUAAAAAAGAGGGAAAGCAGCAAUCCCGUCGAAAAAGCUCCGUCUACUGCACUGAGAGAUGAAGAAUUGAUGCAAAACGGCGAGCCCAAGGAGGAAAGCGCCGAGCCCCCAACAAAAAGUGCUGAGACCUCGCCAAAAAGCGCGAGUCCUGCGAGCACCAGCAGCAAGACGUCAGCGGCGACCUCUCAAUCUGCUCUCUCCUCCUCAGCCGCUGGUGUAGCGGUUGGCAAGACGCCGUCCGCUUCGCCAAAGAACGCGGGUGCUGCAGCCAACGCGACUUCUGCUCAAAGCGUAUCCGCCACUGCGACAAAGGAUUCGAUCACGCAAGCUAGCGCGUCUCAACCCACUGCUGAAAAGACUACCAGCACAACCACAACAGGGAAGGAAACUGGUAACGCCGCUAGCAAGACCACUCCUGAUUACAACGAUGAGGUUGAAGAAGUUUACAACCCAGGAGAGGAGGACAAUAAAGAUAAGCCAGUAGGUGACACCGAAAUACCCGAUGACAAAGGAAAUAAUGAAGUAAAUGCUCAACUUGGCGGAUUGAUGGAACAAAGAGAGGGAAAUGUGGAUGAUCAGUCCAACUUUCCUUCCUAUUUCCUCACCUUGGUCAUCAUUUGUGUUGUUGGAUACUUAGUUUUCCACAACAAGCAAAAGAUUUUUGCUCUAGUAUUGGAGGGUCGCAGAGGUAGCAACGGAUCUCGGCGUCGGCCCAACUCAUCCAACUACAGAAAGCUGAACACAAACCUCGAAGAGGCAAUCACUUCUCCUGCACCACGAAGCACUAAUUCUCACGUUAUCUAUUGAAGGAAGACUGCCUUUUCUGCCAUGCCAUUUGCUUAAUUGGUACCCUCCACUGUGCUAUUUGUUUCGAGGUUUGUGUGUCUCUCCUCCUUUCGGCUUUUGAUAUUGUCGUUGGACACUAACUGUGAUUAGAAACUCACUUAGAUUUAUUUAUGAAUCCACUUCCUUGCUUACUUACUUUUGCAUUAUCGUUAUUAGGGAACCCCUAAUAAACAUGGAAUUUUUGGAAUUGAUACAAAAUAA